GUUACAUUCGGACGUGCGCCAUACAGACUUUGAAGCUUCUAAACCGUUUGAGGAAAGUUUUCUACAUUUGUGAAAAGAUUAUCCAUGGAUCUGUCAGAAGCAGGCUCCCCACAAGAAGUUAUUGAAAGGGUGUCCAGUCAGUUGGGCUGCAGCAGCACUUCGUGGGAUGUGGCUGAAUACUUUGACCAACACGACAAGCUGCGGGAUUUGCGUCAGGAAUUCCUGGUUCCAAAAGUAGCAGAUCUUCCUCAAUCUGACCUGACACUCCUGGAUGGCUCAGAAGACUGCGUUUACUUUGUAGGCAACUCUCUGGGACUACAACCCAAAAAUACCAAGAAGUAUAUUAAUGAAGAGUUGGAGAAAUGGGCCAAAAUAGGAGCCCAUGGACAUGUGAUGGGGUCACGCCCUUGGGUCUGGGCUGAGAACAAUCUGGAGGAUCUCAUGGCAAAGAUUGUGGGCGCUAAACCAGAAGAAGUGGCCUUAAUGAACGGCUUGACUGUCAAUCUGCACCUUCUGCUGCUUGCAUUUUACAAGCCCACUGCAAAACGGCACAAAAUCGUUCUGGAGGAAAAGGCCUUUCCUUCUGACCUUUAUGCUGUGGAAUCUCAGAUACGCCUCCGAGGAUUUGACCCCAGCGAGAGCAUGGUCUUCCUGAAACCCAGAGCUGGCGAGGACACCCUGAGGACGGAGGACAUUGUGUCCACGAUCAAGCGAGAAGGAGACUCCAUCGCCGUAGUGAUGCUUGGUGGAGUCCAGUACUACACGGGCCAGCUGUUUAAUAUGGAGGUCAUUACCAAAGCAGGCCAGGCCCAGGGCUGCUAUGUAGGCUUCGACUGUGCACAUGCAGUGGGAAAUGCAGAGCUGCAACUGCAUGACUGGGGGGUUGAUUUUGCCUGCUGGUGCACCUAUAAAUAUAUGAACUCUGGAGCAGGCGGGUUGGCUGGAGCGUACAUACACGAGAAACAUGCGUACACAGUGAAACCUGCGCUUCUCGGUUGGUGGGGACACAAAUUGGACACGAGAUUUCAAAUGACCAAUGUGAUGAGUCUGCAGCCUGGAGUUAGUGGAUUCAGACUCUCAAAUCAACCCAUUUUACUGGUGUGUCCCCUACAGGCCAGUUUAGAGAUCUUUAAUAAAACCAGCAUGAAGGAUCUGAGGAAGAAGUCCGUCCUGUUGACUGGUUAUUUGGAACAUCUGCUGAAGCACUACUACAGCGUGGACAAGUCGGAUCCGAGGAAACCUCACGUCCGUAUUAUUACACCGAGCGACCCGGCGCAAAGAGGCUGCCAGCUCUCGCUCUCCUUCUCAGUUCCCAUCAGAGCCGUGUUUCAGGAGCUGGAAAAGCGAGGAGUCGCAUGCGACAUGAGGGAACCAGAUGUACUUCGUGUAGCUCCUGUUCCCCUCUACAAUUCCUUUGCUGAUGUCCAUCGCUUCAUCACGGUGCUUGGAGCAGCUCUGGAAGCCAGCAAACAACACAACUGAAUUUUGACAACCUAAUAAAAUUCAGAAAACUGAAAAUGGCUCAAUUUAUGUGGAAACCAGAUGGAAACACAAGCUUAUUCGAGCAGACAAAUAUUUCCUCUGAUUUGUCGUAUUCUCGUGUCAUCUUAAGAGAUGGUUGAGCUCAAGACUACACUGUGUGGUCUACAGGUCAGAGUUUAUAUUUUUAUCCAAGCUAUUUGUCUAGUUGUGCAGCUCUAGAGCAUCAGUAUUACCUCAGAUGAUCCUGUACAUGUGAUAGUAAUAGAAUUUACAGGCAAUAGAAAGAUUCGAAAAUAUGUGCAUAUGAUUCAAAAUGUAAGAACAAUGAAAUAACAUAAUAAAAGCACAUCUAUUAAAACA